AUAAUUCCACACGCCACCAAACAAAGAACAAGAGCUUAAAACAUUUAACAGAGUUUCCAGUUUCAAACAUAAUCAAAUCUAAAGAUGAGUCCUAAGGCAUUGCAAGUUGUGAUCUUUCUCGGUUUCUUGGCCAAUUCAUGUUUCUCUCAAGCUCCAGCCCCGGCACCAACCACCACCAUUUCUCCACCGACGUCGCUUCCUCCCAUGACAGCAGAAUCACCUUCUCCGCUUGCUUCACCGCCGGUUCCAGUUAACGAGCCAACUCCAGCUCCAACAACAUCUCCAGUUGCUUCUCCUCCUCUAACCGAUGCUCCCGCCUCUGGUCCUUCCGACGGAUUAACCCCGACUUUGGCUCCGGCUCCGGGACCAGACACCGGUGCUGAAGCGCCUGUAAGCGCCGCGUGGGCUAAUCAUGCUUUCCUUGUGGGAACAUUUGUUGCCGGAGCACUCUACGCUGUCGCUUUCGCUUAGAGAGCUUUUGAGUUCGGCUGAUACAUUGAU